AAAAGGCCGGCCCACUUCCUCUCCAUUAGAAAACACUUCAACUAACAGAAACUCACUUCCCUGGGACUCAGUGCAAACCAGCACAUGGAAAUGGAGGAUCACAUGGAAAGCCAGAAGAGGAGAGGAAUCAGCCAGGAUCAGCUCAUAUCUGAACGGACCGGAGCUCUGGGAUGCUGCGGCUGGUUCCUCGUCAUCCUCUCCGGCAUCUUCACCGUCCUGCUCUUCCCCUUCACCAUCUGGUUCUGUCUGAAGAUUGUUCAGGAGUACGAGCGCGCCGUCAUCUUCAGGCUGGGCCGCAUCACCGACAGGAAGGCCAAGGGACCAGGAAUCUUCUUCGUCUUGCCCUGCACUGAUUCCUUUGUGAAAGUGGACCUGAGAACUGUUUCGUUUGACAUCCCACCACAAGAGAUCCUGACGAAGGAUUCUGUGACCGUGAGUGUGGAUGGCGUGGUGUAUUUCCGGGUCAGCGACCCGAUAGCGACCGUGGCCAACGUGACGAACGCCGACUUCUCCACCCGCCUGCUGGCCCAGACCACGCUGAGGAACGUUCUGGGAACCAAGAACCUGGCAGAGCUGCUGUCGGACCGGGAGGGGAUCGCUCACAGCAUGCAGACCAACCUGGACGACGCUACAGAUCAUUGGGGAAUCAAGGUGGAGCGUGUGGAGAUAAAAGACGUGAAACUGCCCCACCAGCUGCAGAGAGCCAUGGCCGCCGAGGCGGAGGCAACGCGGGAGGCCCGGGCAAAGGUGAUCGCCGCCGAGGGCGAGAUGAACGCCUCCCGCGCCCUGAAGGAGGCGUCGCUGGUCAUCUCAGAGUCUCCGUCCGGCCUGCAGCUCCGCUACCUGCAGACGCUCAACACCAUCGCCGCGGAGAAGAACUCCACCAUCAUCUUCCCGCUGCCCAUCGACGUCAUGAGCCACUUCCUCAAGAAGUGAGGCGUCGCUCAGGAAAAGCUUAUUGUAAAAGGAAAAACUGUCAGUGCAAGUGUUCGUGAUUUCUCUGCAUGAUGAGGUGAUCAGAGGCGAUGGUUUACAGUAACGUUGGUAUCAGACCCGGCUGCUUCUUGUUGUUUUCAUCCACAUUCCAGAAUAGUUUUUAUGGUUUUGUGUUACACUUGUUUAAAAAACUGACUCAUUCAUAUCAUACAAUGUUUAAAAUCUAAGGCUUUUUAAAUUCUUCUGUUGUGUCUUUAUUGUAAUAUCCCAAAUACAAUUGAAAUAUGCUGUGAUUUCUAUCUUA